AUGUCAGGGAGAGCCAAAUACCAACGGGCCAAUGUGUAUGAUGCAGUGGAUGGGAAAUACACAAAACGGAAGUACGAGAAGCAUGACCCGGGAGAGCCAGACACAAUCGCCCCUGAUGAUCCAUGGAAGGACGACGUGAAGACUGUAAGAGUGAGGACAGCGGCCCCGCCAGACGAAGUGUUGGCUGAAAAUGUGAAAUUCCAAGUACCUAUCCCAAUAAAAGAUCGUGAUAGCUUUGCUCCCUCUUCUCAAUUACCAGACUCAGAUCUUUUAAAGGCCCUUCAUUAUUACACGGCUCACGUGGUGAGCACCAAGAAACCGAUUGAGCUAUUGAACAUGGAAAAUGAUGUAUAUGAGACUUUGAAGCUAAUCCGCAACCAACGUCUUGAAACAGGGUGGAAUAACUUACAGCAAAGCAUGGAUUGCACUGCUCUACUUUCUUUAGGCGCUUUGAUUGAAGGUUGGGUUGAGGAGUUUAUUGACGGUAAUGCAUUCAAGAUGUACAUGGAACGAAAAGAAGAGAAGAAAAAGAAGAAGAAGAGGAAAUCUGCCAAAGAAUCCCCAAAGGAGACACAUAAAAAAGUCACUGAAAACGAACUGGUCGAUGAAAUAAUUGAUAGCAAUUCCGAUAUAGAAGAGGUCAAUGAUAUUUAG